AUGUCGAGUCGCGCAUCUAGCACAUCAUCGCCCGUGGUGCCAUUGGAGCCCACAUGGACAGGCUUCAUACCAGAUACCGGCAACGCGCUUGCCAUCGUGGAGGCUGCUCUCCGUGGUCACCUCAAUAUGAUUCCGCGGCGCCCUCACGACAAAGAGCGCGACGAAGUCAUCCGAAGCGGCAAUGUGUUUCUCUAUGACCUGAAUACCUCGGGCAUCAAGCGCUGGACUGACGGCCGGGACUGGAGUCCUAGCCGCAUCCAACAUAAUUGGCUCGUUUACCGUGAGAUCGAUCGCCAAUCCAACGGCAGGAAUAAGAAGGCAGCGAAGAAGGCGGAAACCGGCGAAAUCACCACCGGCGGAAUCACCAAAAAGGCACCCAGCUCUGCCCGCAACAACACGCAGAACAUACGGGGUCACGGCGCUGGAAACCGAGAGGCUGCCGCCGGCAGGGUUAUCGAGCUGGCGAAUGGAAAAAAGGUCCCACACGAAGGCGAGAUGGGUAUGCAGAAGCUGAUAGGCUCGCUGGUCGGGGGCUAUCCCUUCAAAAAGGGAGGUCUGAUCAAGCGAACCAUGAGUUUCGAGUCGGAAAAAUUACAUCUGCAGCUGGUCACUUACAUGAGCAUGGAAGACUAUGCGUCCGGGCUUUACAGCACCCCCUAUCAACACGCUCACAUUCGUGACUGCUUCCCCCGACAAGAGUUGCUCCAAAGUAACUUCCGCUUCUUUUACAUGGACGAUCUGGGGCUCUUCGAGCCCAUGUAUGAGCCAAUGCGUCAACAACUAGCCUAUCACCAGGCUUUGAUCGCGAACCCGCCGGGCGCGGCCGUUUUUCACCCCCACUAUGGUCUGGUCCCCCACGGCAUGCCUCCUCCUGGUCUGGUUCCCCACGGCAUGCCUCCUCCUCCUCCUCCUCCUCUAGCUCCCCACAACAUGCCUCCUUUUGCUCUGGCUCCCCACGACACGCCUCCCCACGGUCUGGCUCCUAACGGCAUGCAGGCCAGGAUGCAGGCCGGGAUGCACGAGCAACCCCCAGCACUUGACAUGGUCAACUACCCCAUGCAGGAUCACAGCAACCCUCAUUCUCCUGACUACCGACAGGAUGCUUACACUCUGGGCAGCACAGGCCAGCAGGCUCAGGACGUUGGUGGUCAAGAGCCGAGGAGCUCGCUGGUUGGUCAUCCAGCCUUGCAGACUCAAGCCGAAGAUUAUGGUGGUGUUCCGGAUGCCCCAUUUGGCGACAACUAUGGCGCUGGCAUGGCUGUAGACUACCACUCUCCCAUUUACCAGCCACAUCACUUCCCCAGCAUGCAGUAUGGGUCGCACGCCAUGGAUCAGAAUGCCUACCCCGGACAAGAAGGAACGUAUCCGUCGCGGAACGGGUCCUAUGAUGGGGCAGACGGGGCCUAUGAGGCUAGGGACAUGGCCUAUGCGGAGGGGGACAUGGCCUAUCCAGGACAGAUUCUGGUGGACUAUCUUGAAAACAACAACCAGCAUCUCCCACAGACACCUGACAGCAACCACCUUCCUCCCUCCAGCACCUAG